GACGAUGUGACGGACCAAUAGCCGGUCAGGGCGGAGGGAAGACUCGGUGAGGACACCGGAGAGAGGAUUCAUUACCAGGUGACAUUGCCGGAGAGACCGACACACCGAGAGACCGAGAGAGAGACUCACUGACCAGAAUGGAGACCAUCGUCCGCCGUUGCCCGUUCCUGUCCCGGGUGUCUCAGACCUUCCUGCAGAAAGCCGGGAAAUCUCUGAUCUCUUACGCCCAGAGCUGCCCCGUGAUGAUGGGCCCCCGGCCCCUGGCCAGCGCCCAGCUCAGCACCUCCGCCGCCUGCCACCAGGAGACCCGGGAGACGUCCUCCGGCGACAACGGUGUUCGGAACGUCGCGGCUCCAGAGAAGUCCUCCGCCCUCCAGCCGCCGGGGGCGGAUCAUGUCGCCGUCUCCAGCGGUCAGAGUCCCUCCAAAUGUCCCUUCCUGGCCGCCCAGCUGAGUCAGGAGAGCAGCAGCGUGUUCCGCAAGGCCAGUCUUGCGUUACAGGAGGACGUGCAGGAGAUGCAGAGCUUGAGGAAAGAUUUGGAUCGCUCGCCGGCGGUGGAACCCGCGAUGGAGAACGCGUCGCCUCUAAAGAAGAUGGGAGUGCUGCAAAAAUUCCAGGAGAGCGUUCGUCAGCAGAAACCCGAGCUGGUGUCCCAUCUCCUCCAGGACAACAUGCCCAAAUCGGUGCGCACCUUCCAGUACGACCAAUUCUUCGAGAAGAAAAUCGAAGCGAAGAAGAACGACCACACCUACCGCGUCUUCAAGACCGUCAACCGGCGCGCCCAGGUCUUCCCGAUGGCCGACGAUUAUUCGGAGACUCUGACCAGUAAGAAGUCGGUGUCGGUUUGGUGCAGCAAUGACUACCUGGGGAUGAGCCGGCACCCCGACGUGGUCAGCGCCGUCAUGGACACACUGAAACAACAUGGCGCGGGUGCAGGCGGGACCAGGAACAUCUCGGGGACCAGCAAAUUCCACGUGGAACUGGAAAACGAACUGGCCGACCUCCACGGCAAAGACGCCGCCUUACUCUUCUCCUCCUGCUUCGUGGCCAACGACUCCACGCUCUUCACUCUGGCUAAGAUGCUGCCGGGCUGUGAGAUCUACUCCGAUUCGGGGAACCACGCCUCCAUGAUCCAGGGGAUCCGCAACAGCCGGGUGCCAAAGUACGUCUUCCGGCACAACGACGUCUCCCACCUCCGGGAUCUGCUGAAGAACUCCGACCCGUCCGUUCCCAAGAUCGUCGCCUUCGAGACCGUGCAUUCCAUGGAUGGCGCGGUGUGCCCCCUGGAGGAGAUGUGCGACGUGGCGCAUGAAUUCGGAGCCAUAACCUUUGUGGAUGAAGUUCACGCUGUCGGGUUGUACGGCACCCGGGGAGGAGGAAUCGGCGACCGCGACGGAGUCAUGAACAAGAUGGACAUCAUUUCCGGGACCCUCGGAAAAGCAUUUGGUUGUGUCGGCGGCUACAUCGCCAGCACCAGCACCCUGGUGGACACCGUCCGCUCCUACGCCGCCGGCUUCAUCUUCACCACGUCCCUUCCCCCCAUGCUGCUGGCCGGCGCCAUGGCGUCUGUGAGGGUCCUGAAGAGUGAGGAGGGGCAGGCCCUACGCCGCCAACACCAGCGCAACGUCAAGCUCCUGAGACAAAUGCUGAUGGACGCCGGGCUGCCCGUGGUG